AUGAACUUAACCCUCAACCCCACCACCACCGCCAAAGCCCAAGAAACAGAAUCAGAUACACCACCACCGAUCCAACUACCCAAGGCCACAGCAAACCACCAUACUCCCAAGACCUUAUCCAUCCCCGACGGCAUACUCAAGCGCAUACAAAAAAAACCACCACCGCCAAAGCCCAAGAAACAGAAUCAGAUACACCACCACCGAUCCAACUACCCAAGGCCACAGCAAACCACCAUACUCCCAAGACCUUAUCCAUCCCCAACGGCAUACUCAAGCGCAUACAAAAAAAACCACGCUGCAAGCUUAGAUGGCCCGGUUGUGCAGGUGUCGGUGUCGGUUAUUUACAAAGAAUGUCAGAAGAACCACGCCGCAAGCUUAGAUGACCACGCCUUGGAUGGCUGUGGAGAGUUCAUGCCAUCUCCCUCCGCCACCCUCACCGACCCAACUUCCCUCAAAUACGCCGCUUGUGGAUGCCACCGCAACUUCCACCUCCGUGAGCUUGAAGCAGCCUCACUCUCCUUCGACCUCCACCAGCACCACUACCACCCCUCGCCACAUCCUUCUAUAGCCGCUCGUGAGCGGAGUCCCAAUUCACCUUCAUCCUCCCCACCAUCGCUCUCGUCUUCAUACCACCCGUCUGCACCUCCAAUGUUGCUUGCUUUAAGUACCAGAUUGUCGGGUCCGUUAGAUAACCAUCAAAUAGUUGCAGCAACGACAAUGACGGCGGCAACCACGUCGACGAACUCAGAUGGGCGGAAACGGUUCAGGACGAAAUUCAAUCAGGAGCAGAAGGAAAAGAUGUUUGCUUUCUCGGAGAGGUUGGGUUGGAAGAUGCAGAAGAAGGUGCCAUUGAAUUUUGUUCGGAGACAAUGGCUUGCCCUGCAGAUGGGUUGUUGA